AACACAUUGCUGUUUCAAGACUCACUCUUUGCGCUCCACACUUGCCAACUCAUACACAUCCAUUUACGACCUUCAAAGGCUCAUGGCGGACUCUGAAUUGCCGCGGUUCACAGUAAUCAUCGUCGGCGGCAGUCUGGUCGGCCUCACAACAGCGUUGGCACUAGAAAAAGCUGGGAUUGACCAUGUUCUGUUAGAGAAGGGGGAGAUUGCACCCCAUCUAGGUGCCUCUAUAUCCAUUCACCCACACACUCAGCGGGUAAUGGAACAACUUGGUGUAUGGCCUGAGAUCAAAGCUGGCGCUCUGCCGCUAGAUAUCCGGCACCACUAUGAUGAAAAUGGAAAAUUGUUUGAACAUUCUACUAUCUUGCAAGAAAUUUCCAAGAUGACUUCUCAACGAUGGACUACCUUUGUGGAACGAAGAUUCAUGCUUAGCUGUAUCUAUAACCAGAUCGAGGACAAAUCCCGUCUUCGGACACAAACAUGUGUGACUUCGUUUACCGAGACAGAGGAUGGUGUUGAGGUGACCACGGACAAAGGUGAAAUCAUCAAAGGAGAUAUUCUUCUUGGUGCGGAUGGCAUCCAUAGUACAAUACGGGAACUGAUGGCGGAAAAGCUCUCCAUCACCAACGCUGCCGCAUCAAAAGAAAUGCGAACUGGUUUCACAAGCACCUAUCAUUGUAUAUUUGCAACAUCCAAAAAUGCCAGGGUAUCUAAUGGCCAGCAAUUUUUGCCCAAUGGGGGUGUGCAUAACGUCUAUUACCCGGGUUUCUCUGGCGUUGUUGCUAUAGGCGUCCCGGGCUUUGCCUAUUGGUUUAUGUUUGUCAAGAGUGAUAAGAAAACAAGAAUGCCCGGGAUACCGAAAUUCACCGAAGAAGAGACUGAAGCCACCAUCGCCAAAUAUGGAGACUAUGCACUUGGCCCAGGCUACACGUUCAAGGAUUUAUGGGAUAGUAGAGUCAAAGCGAGCAUGCUAUCCCUCGAAGAUGGAAUUUUGAAGUCAAAGUGGAAUACAGGUGGUCGUGUGGCUCUAAUGGGCGAUUCAGUGCAUAAAUCGACAAUUAACGUUGGCCUCGGUGGCAAUUUAGCUGUUGAGGGUGUUGUUCAUCUUGUUAAUGAAUUAGUGCCCUUGGUACAACAAUGCGAAGCAAGCGGAAGAAAGCCAACACGAAAUGAGAUUACGGCCGCCUUGGAUGCCUACGAAGAGAAGCAGCGACCACAUGCAAAGACGAUUGUCACCAUGUCUAGAUAUGUUACCCGCUAUGAAGCAAUGGAGACAUGGUGGCUGAGGAUUUUACGCCGUGUAUCUCCAUGGAUCAGUGACAAGAGAAAAGCUAAAGCAUUCGUUGGAUAUAUCAACGAAGCGCCACGAUUAAACUUUUUACCAGACCCAGACGAGAAACAGAAGUUGGCUUAAAGAGUGUUGCUCAGCGAUUGUAGAUAUUGAAUCGGGCAAAUAAAGUGAUUUUAUAGGAGGCAAUAUUAGUAAUGGAG